UAGAACGUCGCAGAUCUUGGAAACAAAACAAUUUAAAAAUAUAAAAAUAAAUAAAAUAAAAAAUUAGUAAAAUGGUCAACCUCUUCCUGAGUCCCACAACAUCUGUGGCGGUUCCGGAACCUUCUUACGAUGGCCUUGUGGACUACGUGACCCAUGAAACCAGUUUGCCCCCCGAUUCCUUCUAUUUGGAACAAAAUGGUAAACGUUUACAAUGCGAUCCAUUCGAAGAGGCACCCAUUUAUGUCCGUAUCCGCCUAUUAGGUGGCAAAGGCGGUUUUGGUUCCAUGCUACGAGCAAUUGGUGCGCAAAUUGAAAAGACUACAAACAGGGAAGCUUGUAGAGAUUUGAGUGGACGUCGACUACGUGACAUCAACGAGGAGAAACGUUUAAAGGCAUGGUUGGAAAAACAGGGUGAACGAGAACGUGAGGCAGAGGAAAGAAAGAAACGUAAGAUCGAAAAACUUCUUGCCGUACCGAAACAUGAAUUCAAAGAUGCAGAGUACGAAGAGGCUCGAUCUAAGCUGGCGGAGAAGGUUUGUGAUGCUGUGGAGGAGGGUUUUAAGAAAGCCACUGGUUCAAAGGAUUUGAAACGCAAGCCAGAACCAUCAACAUCUAAACAGGCAGCGGGAGUUAAAGCCAAGAAGCCAGCCCUUUGGAUUGAUGAUGAUUUAUCGGGUGAUUCGGAUGAUGAUAGUGAUGAUGAUGAAAUUUGCAAAGAAAAGACUAAGAAGGAUAACAAAAGUGAAGAGGAAAGCUCUGAAACGGACAAAAAAUCUUUGGCAAAUGAUGAGACGAGUUCUUCAAAUGAUUCUGAUGCCGCUUCUAAAGGAGAACAAAAAACGACUGCUGAAGAAAAUAAUAUCUCAUAUGACUCCACAUCAGCAGUAUCAGUUGCUAGCAAAUAAUAUUGAUUAGGGUAAUUUUUGUACCAUCAUUAGAUUUUGUUGUGGAUUACAUUAACAGGAUCAUAUUUUCUCUUUACGAUGGACACUGUCCGGAGAACAUUAUUAAAAGUGUACGGACAAAUAAGCAUUGUAGCCAAUUCUUGGGCAUAAAAAUUAGCAAAUUUUACAGCAAAAGAAAAAUAACGAAUUUCUCAAUAACGAAACCAAACACAAUUUUGAAUUUCAAACACAGAAACCGGAUUUCAGAGAAAAAAUUACUGCACCUAGCCAACAACACAACAAAAUCUAUUGAUGAUAAAUAUAUUUUAAGCCAAUAUUUCUUUUUAGUAAAUAAAAAUUAUAUUUACCAUGAAAUCAUAACUAAUACCUUA